CCCGCGGGCCGCGACUCCCGCCGAGUGGCGCGGCGUGGCGCGGCGUAGCUAUGGCACCUGUCGAGGCGCUGUUAAUGCUCCCCUCCAGUCCAGGCGGUGUAGGCCCUACAAAACACUGCUGCACUUCAUGGGGAGCCGCAGGGUCUGCAGUGGGACUGCCGCUGGCGUUGGCUUCGUUUUUCCGCGCCGUCCCGGAGACUUGGAGGGGGCCCGAAGCAGACCAUCCGCGGGCCUGCAGUGCUGCAGAAUGUCGCUGUCUCUCUCGCACUCAUGGGGCGUCCCGUAGAAGUGCGACAGAGACAGAGCGACGAAAACGACUCUCGGAAUCAGUCUGCUGGGACGGGGACGGGGCGACACUACUCUGCCGCCAACAAGGCCAUUGUCUGGGAGCGAGAGAGAGAGAGAGAGCGUCGCCGUUUACGGCCGCUCGUUUAGGGCCCGUCCAAAACGCAGGCGCUGAGUAAAUGUCAAGCCGGCCCAGCCCGGCCCAGCCGCUCGUUGUUCCGCGUUCCAUGAUUGCAGGAUGCCUGUGGACGCUCGUCGCCCCUGCCGGCUACAACGUGUCGGCCGCCGUGGCCAUGGGGGCGUGGGGGCGUGGCGGCCGCGGCGUGGUGCACCUGUACGCGCAGACGGAGGCCGGCGACCUCAGCCCCGUGUUUAGCCUCCACGCCCCGGCGCAGUCCAGCGCCGAGGUGCACACCCGCUCCAGCGUGGCCGUGCUGUCCACGGCGCUGCCGGCCUCGGCCACCUUCACGCUGCGCGUGUCCCUCACGCUGGCGUCAACGUCGUCCUGGUCUUCGGGUGCCGCCGCCGGCGCUGCCCUGGCGGACACACUGCAGCCGCCCGCGCCCACGCGACCCUGGCCGUCGUCACCGCCAACCUGGAACCCCGCCCUGCCCUAUCCGGCCUCGCUGGGCCACGUGGACGCGGAGACCGUGGACCUGACGCACCAGCAGCAGCACCAGACGGCCAACUGCGUGGUGGCGGGGCCGGCGAGGCCGGUGGGGCAGGGGGCUGCCGACGAGGGGCACCCCGCGCGCCCACCUGCCGGGGCCAACGUCACGGCCGACGAGCAGCCCCCUCUGCCGGCGUCCAAGCCCUCCACGACCACGAGCAGGCCCUCCACAACAACAACAAGCCGGCCCAGUACAGCCAAACCCGCCGCUACCACCGCACGCGAUAAGGCGACGACGGCGGCCCCCGCGACGACGCCGACAACCCCCGCCAAGGCACCCUCGGCAGCGCCAACACCGUCGCCAGCGACCACGAAGAAGCCUGGUCGCUAGGUCUGGCGGACCAGGUCACCGCAGUUCGCCCGUUGGCCCGCCCUGGACCCUGGGCCUUGGACCUGAGCCCUGAGAGGAGGGGGUCUUGUUAUCUAUAGCCUCGCCGCGCUGCGUCGCGCUGCCGGGCUGAGGUUUCAUUUGGCGCCUCUUGAGUCGCCGCACCGCGCGGUACGGCUGUACGGUUGUACGUGCAACGCGCGAUCAGGGUCAAUAGCACACCGCGCAAUGGCGACCCGCCGGCCGCCGCACCGCCACACCGCGGCCCGCAACCAACCGGAGUUUGCUGCCGCCAACGCCAAGGCGCAGUGACCCUGGUUGCAAGUUGCAACGCUCUCUCUAGUCACAAGAAUUUUGUAAAAUAGCCACCCACCGGCUUAUCUAGCGUACUCUAAAUAA